UCCUCCCGCCGCCGCCUGCCCUGCCUGCUGCUGAAGCUGCGCAUGGCGCAGAACCUGCGGCACGCCGUCACCUUCGUGGAGCAGGGCCACGUCCGCGUCGGGCCCGAGGUGAUCACCGACCCCGCGCUGCUCGUGCCCCGCGCCAUGGAGGAUUUCGUCACCUGGGCCGACGCCUCCCGCCUGCGCCUCAAGGUGCUCGACUACAACCAGGAGCGCGACGACUUCGACCUGGCGGCGUAGAGACGGCCGGAGCGGGGCUGCGACGCGCGGGGAGCCCUCCUGAGAGACCGCCGAGCCGUCCUGCGGCCCCCGGAGCCCCCCAGCCCCUGGCCUGGCCUGCUCUGCUCUGCCCAGAACGCACCGCACUGCCCGAGCCCUCACGGUGACGCUGCCGGGCUUCCACGCAGCCAGAAGUGCUGGGCUCAUCCUCUGCCCGCAGCUGUGCGGCGCUCCUUGCUCAGAGCAGCGCUGGAGGAGCUUUGCACGUGGCCAAGCAGCCGCUGUGCUGAUGUGCCCGGCUCUGCUGCUGCUGCGGGGGCUGUGCGGCAGCACCCCAAUCCUGCUCCUCAUCGCAGCGCUGCCCCAAGGUCUGCUUUGGCCCAGAGCAGCGUGUCAGCAGGGGAAUGCUGGGUGGUCAGCAGUGGACCAAAUGCUGGAUUUUGGGAACUGUUUGACUUUGGGCCUCAAAUACAACAAACAAAAGCGAACUUGGUUUUCCUGUGAAGCCUUACAGCAUAGGGCGGGCUGCAGAUCAGUGCUGGGCGGCUCUGGGGCUGCUGGGGGUGUUACUCCUCGUUCCAAAAAAGAAAUAAAAUGUCACAUUUUGGAAGA